AUGGCCGUCGUCGCCGCCGCCAUCAUGAUCUCCUUUCACCUCAAGCAUGAACCAUCACCCAUUGAGCUGAAGCUCGCGCUUCCGUUCGGCAUCGUCUUCUGGUUUCUUGCCCUCGCUUGCUUGGUCAACGGGUUCGCGAAUUACCUCAAGACUGUCACGCACUAUAGCCGGAGAGCAGCACUGGUGCAGUCGGGUUGGAAGACUCAAGUUAUCUUUACUGUUGUUGCUACGGCUAUCGUGGCGGCUUGCGUUCUCUUCCUGUCGACGAACGCUUCAAGCCGGUAG